UCAAAGUUGUCACUUGGAAGCAAGAUGCGUGGAGCUAUAGCAGUAUUUUUGUUCGUCUCCGUUUUCCUGGUUUCGGAAAACGAAGCAGCUGUUGCAGUUGGAUUCUUCGAGGAUCCUGCCCAUCCUGGAAAGUGCGUCCUUGAGGGUCUUAUUUUAGACGCUGGUCAAACUGCCCGCAACCCAAACAAGUGUGAGCGAAUUGUGUGCUCAGCAAAUAGCAUGGCACAGAUCCAAUCAUGCGGAGUUUAUGGACUUGCUCCAGGCCAGCAAUUUGGAGAAUACUUGACUCCAAACGGUGAUUAUCCCGCGUGCUGUGAACGUAAAGUUAUAAGCGUGUAACAACGAAAUCGAAAUAUUCAAUAUUUUAAGACAAAUAAAUGUAAAUCUAAAAUCUAGAAGGUAAAUAUAAGUGAAGAAAUUUAUUAACGAG